GUCGUCGUAUUAUCAAAUCGUAUAAGUAUAACUAAGGUCCUUCCACCAUUAACAAAGACUCUCUUUCUCUCUCAUCAUCCCUCUCGAAUAGAAAAACAGAACAGAAGAAAGAAGAAGAAAAGAAAACCCAAACAAACUCUAAAAGAAAGAAAGAAAGAAAGCACGAUUACCUGCACUUGUUCUUCUUCCUCCUCUGCAGUAAAACCCUAGCCAUCUUAAUCGAUCCGAAUCCCGAGAUCCGAUUGCAAGGCUGGCGGGUAUUCGGGUCAAGUAAAUGACGGAUCUCCCCCGCCGCGCCUUAUUGAUAAUAGGGUUACCGCGCUGCUGUGACGAUUGUUGUUUUCAAGAAGAAGAAGAAGAAGAAGAAGAAGAGUGAAGCAUGCUGAGCGUGGUGCGCGUGCACCUGCCCUCGGAAAUUCCCAUUGUAGGCUGCGAGCUCACGCCCUACGUGCUCCUCCGCCGCCCCGACAAGACCGUCUCCACCGACGAUGUUCCCGAAACCACACCCUUAGACGGUCAUUUCCUGCGCUACAAAUGGUAUCGUGUACAGAAUGAUAAAAAAGUUGCUGUCUGUAGCAUACAUCCAUCAGAGCAAGCCACCCUGCAAUGCCUAGGCUGUGUUAAGGCCAAAAUACCUGUUUCCAAGAGUUACCAUUGCACCACAAAGUGUUUUUCGGAUGCAUGGCAGCAUCAUCGUGUCUUACAUGAUCGUGCCGCAAGUGCUCUUAAUGAAAAUGGAAACGAGGAGGAGGAGGUAUUUGGGCGCUUUAAUAGUACUGGGUCUGGGGCAACCAAUUCCAGCUUAUCUGCCUCUGCAUCAAGUGCUAGCUUGACAAAUGGGUCUGCAACACCUUUGUAUCCAGCAGCUAUCACACAAAGAAGUGGUGAAACUUGGUUUGAAGUUGGACGAUCCAAGACUUACACCCCUACUGCUGAUGACGUUGGUCAUGUCCUUAAGUUUGAGUGUGUUGUAGUUGAUGCAGAGACAAAACUGCCUGUGGGGCAUGUCAACACUAUACUAACUUCACGUGUCAUUCCUGCUCCCUCGCCUAUUCCACGCCGAAUAAUACCUGUUGAUGGGAUGGCACAUUUAGAUGUGGAUGGGAGAAUGACAUCUUCAGGAACUUUUACUGUUCUAUCAUACAAUGUAUUGUCUGAAGCAUAUGCCUCAAAUGAUCUAUACAAUUACUGCCCUUCAUGGGCUCUUUCUUGGCCAUAUCGCAGGCAAAAUUUGUUACGGGAAAUUGUUGGUUACCGUCCAGACAUUAUUUGUCUUCAGGAGGUUCAAAGCGAUCAUUAUGACGAAUUUUUUUCUCCCGAAUUAGACAAACAUGGAUAUUAUGGUCUUUACAAGAGAAAAGAGGUGUACAGUGGCAACACAAAUACAAUUGAUGGGUGUGCAACAUUUUUCCGUAGAGACAGAUUUUCACAUGUUAAGAAAUAUGAGGUUGAAUUUAACAAGGCUGCACAAUCUUUGACAGAGGCUACAAUUCCAACCACUCAGAAGAAAACUGCCUUGAAUCGGCUGGUUAAGGAUAAUGUUGCCCUAAUAGUGGUUCUAGAAGCAAAAGUUAACAAUCAGCCAUUUGAUAAUCCUGGGAAAAGACAGCUUCUUUGUGUGGCAAAUACACAUGUAAAUGUCCCCCAAGAUCUAAAGGAUGUGAAACUCUGGCAGGUUCAUACUCUCUUAAAAGGGUUGGAAAAAAUAGCUGCAAGCGCAGACAUUCCGAUGUUGGUUUGUGGAGAUUUUAAUUCAGUUCCAGGAAGUGCUCCUCAUGCACUUCUUGCAAUGGGGAAGGUAGAUCCUUCACAUCCUGAUUUAGCAGUUGACCCGCUUAACAUUCUACGUCCUCACAGCAAGUUGGUUCAUCAGUUACCACUGGUCAGUGCAUACUCAUCUUUUGCUAGAACAGUUGGCCUUGGAUAUGAGCAGCAUAAAAGGAGAAUGGAUGGUGGAACAAAUGAACCUUUAUUCACAAAUGUCACUAGAGAUUUUAUUGGCACUCUAGAUUACAUAUUUUACACAGCGGAUUCAUUGGUUGUGGAGUCAUUAUUGGAGUUACUGGAUGAGGAGAGUUUGAGGAAGGACACAGCACUUCCUUCACCUGAAUGGUCCUCAGAUCACAUAGCUCUCUUAGCCGAAUUUCGCUGCUGCAAGAAUAAAUCUAGGCGUUGACAGUUAAGGUCACUUUCAGUGAUACAUAACAAAAAAGGCUGUAAGAAGCAUUUGGUUGGUAAGUAUUUUGUAAAAAUGAUAGAUCAUGCCUGUCUUUUUCAGGUAUCUCCAUGUGGAGUCAUUGCAAUGAUCUGCUAUGUAUCAUGUCACCUUUAUCUCAGAAAAAAAUUAUGAGUUUCUGCCUUGUUGACUUGCCUCUAUCUGAGCCCCCUCCCCCCAAAUCUCCAAUUUUUUUCCUUUUAAAAAGGGAAUUUUUUUCAUAGAUGCCUAUUGGGGUUCUAUACAUCCUAGUAAAGAACUAAAGUCCUUCUGAUCUAGUUGCUGCCGCAGAGCCUAGGGCUCGAAUUUCUCACAUAUCUGUACUAAUAGUCUUUGAAACUUAGAUAAUUGUUUUUAUUUUGUUCUACCCGUCAGAAACUUGACUAAAUUGGUAUGGCGACAAUGAGGUGGAAAAAUUCUACCCAAUAUCAAAGGUAGGUUGCUUAACAUGGGGGUGAGAUCUGAACUGUUGCUAUAAUUGUAGCAACUUAGGAAUAGACGCUUACUAGUGAUUGUAAAACAGGGUAUAAGAUUAGUCAAAUACUUGGUUUUUCUGCAACCCGUGUAUGACUAGAAAUCGUUAGCAUUUUUUUCUGAUUACAAUACGAUAAAAUGAAUGUUUUUUCAGAAUGAUUUGUUGGAGAAUCCACUAUUUCGAUUA